CGGGGAUGGAGGGYGGCGAAGCGGGCGGCGGUGGCGGGGGGCUCCUGCAGCAGAUCCUCAGCCUUCGCCUCGUACCCCGCGUGGGCAAUGGCACCACCACCUACUCCAGCCCGCUCUCCACUUUCCCAGAGAUGUGGUACGGCGUCUUCCUGUGGGCACUCGUCUCCUCCCUCGCUUUCCACGUCCCGGCCGCGUUGCUCGCCCUCUUCACGCUCCGGCACCACAAGUACGGCAGGUUCAUGUCCGUGAGCGUUCUGCUGAUGGGCAUCGUGGGACCCAUCACCGCCGGCACCCUCACAAGUGCUGCCAUUGCUGGAGUUUACAGAGCUGCGGGGAAAAAAAUGAUUCCCUUUGAGGCCCUCAUUUUUGGCGUGGGCCAGACAUUCUGUGUGGUGGUGGUUUCGUUCCUGCGCAUUUUGGCCACUCUGUAGCUCCUCUGGAGAGGCUGGAGAACACAAACCAGAGUGGGGGYGAAGGACCCACUGCCUCAGAACAAAUCACAGGGAGCACAUCUCCAGCCUUGUGCUUCUUCCACCGACUUAAGGAAUUUGGGAGGGCUUGCUCCUUCCUCCAGCGUGGCUUGAAAUUUAAAAAUUGUGAAUUUUGUUACUUUUUGGUAACAUUAAGUGCCAAGUGAAACUUUAUUUCUCUGGAGGGUAGGAAAACGGCUUCCAGAGGAGGAGACCCGGGUACCUUUCACCAGUGAUGARUUGUAGUAAUGGAACAUAACUGAGAUGUGACACCAGCUGUGCUGGGGUAGGAAGAACCAGAGUGACAUGGUGUCCUCAGAGCUCACUCAUUGCUUUGACCUAUUGUUGCUUUGUUUUCAGUGAACCUGAAGCUCUUUUAAUGUCAGUUUUUUAAAUUAAAAAUUAAUUCGUUUUCUUCCUGUCCCAAACUUCUUAAUACCAGGUCAUAGCCAUAUUGGACUAGGGGACAGCAAAAGGAAAACUCGUUUUAGAUGGAUGAGAGUGCAAAUUUGUGUCUGGGAGCUCUGGCUGUAAAUGCUGCACAGGGGAAACGACUGGUAUUAAAAAUAYAGAUUUUUUUGUGAAUUUUAUUACAGUGAAGCCUUUCGGGCCCUGUGAAUGUUCUGCCCAGAGGCAAAGCACAGAGGAAUGYGUGCUCCAGAAAUCCCAGGGUGUGCAUGUGUGUGUGCAAGGCUUCUCCUCAGGCUUUGAAGGAGGCUUGUGUUUUCAAAUGUCCCUCUUCUCCUUUGACUUGCUGAUGCUGUUCACRUUGGUGCAGUGGAACUGGGUGUCUGCACUGAUCUGAAAAUGGUGCUGGCCAGCUUGGAUAMAAUYCCUUGUGCUGCUGCUGAGAGCUGCAUGGCCAGGCUGGAUUGUGACCUGGGGUGUCCCCAGUGUGGGGAGUGCACUGCRUUUUCAGCAUCCAGCCAACAGAAUGCCAGGGGCUGGGAGAGCUGCAAGGCUCCUGGCAGGAGCCUGGGUGAUUCCUGUGUUCAUGUGAACACAGCCCCAAUACAGGCAGUACUGUCUCCUCGUGAAUUGUUUUAUUUUGUUUUGGUUUUAAGUGACUUAACUAAUUGGUAGCUCUGUGCUCG